CGGAGGGAGGAGACCCUAGAGGCUUUGAGGACGUCGACCGGCCAUUCAACAAACUCGCAGCACGCCGGACAAUGAUUCUGUUGUGAGUCCUACCGCUUAGAUUUGCGUUACAAUGCGUAUGGAUAUCAAACGUAGUUAACGGCUAACAGCGUGAAGAGUACGUGUCGUUAUUUGUUUUUCUGCCAUUUACCACUGUUUUUAAAUCGCAAAACGGGCUCUAAUCACAGAUUAGUUUAAAGUACUUUCGCUGUCUUCUGAAAGUUAAGCCACUGAAGAAUUCCUGGAUUUAACGGUAAAGCACUUGAGUUAAAGUGUCGUUUUGGAGUCUCGUGGGGACGCGCGCGUUUUGAGGAGCUGCGUUGCCCACACGCUUCUUUAAAUCAAGGGGAAUUAUUUACCGCGCUAGCCUACUUGGACAGAAUAUUCUCCCCUCAGCAUCCGAGUCGUGCUGUGUAUUGCUGCAGGCGAGUGCGUUUGGACUCGUUCCUGUGGGACGCGAUGAAGGAGAGCUAGCUUUGGAGUUUUACCCCUCGUUGUUUUUGAAUUCAUCUCGGGACUUCAUAUGUGGAGGCUGCUCUAGCGUCACUGGCUGCUUCUUCCACCGCUUCCCCUUCGCGUUAAAUGCAUGACUGAGCCGACAGCAUGUGGGGUUCCACCGCGCAGGUAGUGGUCGCUCUCUGGUGUCAGCUGGUCCUGGCCGCGUCCAGCCUGGAAAUUGCCUUGUACGACCCGGAGCGGGGCCAGCCAGCCAAGUGCGAGCCCAUCACCAUCCCCAUGUGCCAGGGCAUCGGCUACAACGAGACGCGCAUGCCCAACUUCAUGGGGCACGAGAGUCAGCGUGAGGCUGCCAUCAAGCUCCAGGAGUUUGCGCCGCUGGUGGAGUACGGCUGCGACCCACACCUGCGCUUCUUCCUCUGCUCGCUCUACGCGCCCAUGUGCACCGACAAGGUGUCAGCGUCCAUCCCCGCGUGCCGGCCCAUGUGCGAGCAGGCACGCCAGAAGUGCUCGCCCAUCAUGGAGAAGUUCCACUACGCCUGGCCCGACUCGCUGGACUGCUCCCGGCUGCCCACGCGCAACGACCCGCAGGCGCUCUGCAUGGAGGCGCCCGAGAACGACACCAAGGUGGAGGGCAAGAAGGGCGAGGGCAUGCUGCCCGUGCCGCCCAGGCAGCGCCCGGCGGGCGGAGGUGGCGGCGGCAGCGGCGGCCCCGGUGGAGGGGUCGGGGGCCGGGGGCCCGGCGGACUGGGCACGUGCCCCAACCCGGAGAAGUUCCAGUUCGUGGAGAAGAGCGGCUCGUGCGCGCCGCGGUGCUCGCCGGCGGUGGACGUCUUCUGGUCGCGCCGCGACAAGGACUUCGCCUUCGUGUGGAUGGCCGUGUGGUCGACGCUCUGCUUCGUCUCGACCGCCUUCACCGUGCUCACCUUCCUGCUGGAGCCGCAGCGCUUCCAGUACCCCGAGCGGCCCAUCAUCUUCCUCUCCAUGUGCUACAACGUCUACUCGGUGGCCUUCAUCAUCCGCUCGGUGGCCGGCGCCGAGAACAUCGCCUGCGACCGCGAGAACGGCGAGCUCUACAUCAUCCAGGAGGGCCUGGAGAGCACCGGCUGCACCAUCGUCUUCCUCAUCCUCUACUACUUCGGCAUGGCCAGCUCCAUCUGGUGGGUCAUCCUCACGCUCACCUGGUUCCUGGCGGCCGGCAAGAAGUGGGGCCACGAGGCCAUCGAGGCGCACAGCUCCUACUUCCACAUGGCCGCCUGGGGGCUGCCCGCGCUCAAGACCAUCGUCAUCCUCACCAUGAGGAAGGUGGCGGGCGACGAGCUGACGGGGCUCUGCUACGUGGGCAGCAUGGACGUGGGCGCGCUGACGGGCUUCGUGCUGGUGCCGCUGUCCUUCUACCUGGUGGCGGGCACCUCGUUCCUGCUGUCGGGCUUCGUGGCGCUCUUCCACAUCCGCCGCGUCAUGAAGACGGAGGGCACCAACACGGCCAAGCUGGAGAAGCUGAUGGUCAAGAUCGGCGUCUACUCCAUCCUCUACACGGUGCCGGCCACCUGCGUCAUCGUCUGCUACUUCUACGAGCGCCUCAACGUGGACUACUGGGCGUUCCGCGGCCUGGAGGCCAAGUGCGCGGGGCUGCCGGGCCGCCGGAGCGAGGACUGCUCGCUGGUCGAGUCGGUGCCCACCGUCGGCGUCUUCAUGCUCAAGAUCUUCAUGUCGCUGGUGGUGGGCAUCACCAGCGGCGUCUGGGUGUGGAGCUCCAAGACGCUGCAGACGUGGCAGGGCCUGUGCAGCCGCAAGCUGGCGGAGAGGACUAGCAACAGGAGGUGUAACAGCACGCACUGCCACUACAAGUCUCCUGCGGUGGUGCUACACAUGUCCAAGACUGACCCUUACCUGGACGGACCUGCUCAUGUUUAAAAGGCGAGCUGCUUGUGUGUGUGUGUGUGUGUGUGAGAGCAAGCGAGAGAGUAUGUGUGUGUUUUGAGGAGGGGUGCAUGUGUGUUUGUGUUGUGAGUCUGAAUGCACAAAGCUGCAAAGGGAGACUUUUUGACCUCAUCUGAAAGGGACAGUUUGGGAGCAGAUUGGGGGUGAUUUGCCCUCUCCCAAAAAUGAACUGAAGACAUUUUUAUGUCAGACUGUCACUGACAUUGUCAUCACAUGUGUUUGAACGGGGCAUUGAAAGAGUCAGUUGACUCUGGGAAAAGACUGAACAAAAUUAAGGGAAAACUCUAUAUUACUCAUAGUAAACAUGCAAUGGAACAAAUUCAGAUACAAAAAAAACUUUCAGAUAUGCAGGCUGUUUAUAAUACUUAUUUGCAAAGCAAGGUUACCUUGCAUGGGUUUAUGAAAACAAGAAUGUGUACUUUUGAAAACUCUAUAAAACACUUCAGUAUGUGUAAAUGUAAGAUAUAUUAUCGUUAUUUAUUGUACAUAUUUAAUUUCUAUUUGUUUUGGUUUGUCAGAUGAUUGAGUUCUAUUCACAGUUCUGAGAGCCAAUGAAAGGGAAGUGCCUUUACAAAUUUAAUGUUGUUCUAGAAAAAGAUAAUAAAUGCGCUAUAUAUUUUCAACUAUA